CUUCAACUCUCUUCUCUUGGAUAUCUAUCUCUUCACCAUGGUCAAGUUCGCUUCCGUCGUUGCACUUGUUGCUCCCCUGGCUGCUGCCGCUCCUCAGGAGAUCCCCAACAUCGUUGGCGGCACUUCUGCCAGCGCUGGCGACUUCCCCUUCAUCGUGAGCAUCAGCCGCAACGGUGGCCCCUGGUGUGGAGGUUCUCUCCUCAACGCCAACACCGUCUUGACUGCUGCCCACUGCGUUUCCGGAUACGCUCAGAGCGGUUUCCAGAUUCGUGCUGGCAGUCUGUCUCGCACUUCUGGUGGUGUUACCUCGUCGCUUUCCUCCGUCAGAGUUCACCCUAGCUACAGCGGAAACAACAACGAUCUUGCUAUUCUGAAGCUCUCUACUUCCAUCCCCUCCGGUGGAAACAUCGGCUAUGCUCGCCUGGCUGCUUCCGGCUCUGACCCUGUCGCUGGAUCUUCUGCCACAGUUGCUGGCUGGGGCGCUACCUCUGAGGGCGGCAGCUCUACUCCCGUCAACCUUCUGAAGGUUACUGUCCCUAUCGUCUCUCGUGCUACCUGCCGAGCUCAGUACGGCACCUCCGCCAUCACCAACCAGAUGUUCUGUGCUGGUGUUUCUUCCGGUGGCAAGGACUCUUGCCAGGGUGACAGCGGCGGCCCCAUCGUCGACAGCUCCAAGACUCUCAUCGGUGCUGUCUCUUGGGGUAACGGAUGUGCCCGACCCAACUACUCUGGUGUCUAUGCCAGCGUUGGUGCUCUCCGCUCUUUCAUUGACACCUACGCUUAAAUACCUUGUUGGAGGCGCCGAGAUGUUCCUUGGAUAUUCUCUAGCUUGAGUCUUGGAUACGAAACCUGUUUCAGAAAUAGGUUUCAGCGAGUUAAGAAGAUACGAGUUGGUUUCAGUUGGAUCUUAGUCCUGGUUGCUCGUAAUACAGCAAUCUAGAUAGCCCAAAUUGAAUAUGAA